UUAGGAGUGGAAGAGAGAGAAAUAGACAUGGAGACACAAAAGAUAGCGGUGAGAGGCUACGCCAUAGAGGAAAAGAAGGUGCUCAAAUCGAUCAAGCGUGCAGGCAAAGCAGCCGAGCCAUGGCCAUACCCAAGAGGCUACUCUCAUUUCACUUCAUUUUACAAGUACCCUUCUUACGUUGUCAACCACUACUAUCAUGACACAUUCAAAAUUGUCUCUCCGGACAAUAUCCAUAGUUUCUUCCACACUCCUGCAGUUUACUCGGUUGCAGUUGUAUCAGAUGAAGUUGUUGCUUCGCUUUUUAGUGAUGAAAAUCCUCAUGCAUGUACUAUCAUGUAAUCUUGCAGUUUUUUUUUUUUUUUUUUAAUUCCCUUAUCUUGUGAUGUAUGUUUAGGUCAUGUAAUUUAGUUGUUUGUUAACUCUAUAUUUGCAUUUUGUACGAGUUUUUUUGAAAUUUUUCCCAUCCAUGAAUUAAUUCACAAGAAGCAGAGUUUGAGUUUUCGAGAGGAUUCUUAUUUUUAUUUUUAAAGAGUCUAUUUUCAUAACUCUGAAUACAAGCUUUUAUUGCAACAAAAAAUCCAAAAUAUAGUAACUUUAGCUACAAGGUCAACAACCUCAUGCUCAUGGCUAACUCUGGGUGA